AUCGUUCGUCGUGUCGUCGUCUUCGUCGUUGUCGCGGAUUGUCAGAAAGUUAAAAUUGAAAAUAAAUUUUAAGUUUUUGUGCUCCUCCGGAAAGGAAAACACGGGAUCGUUGGUAUUGUGAAUGUUCGUCGCGUUCGCGGGCGGAAUUUCGUGGCCGGAAGUGAAGUGGGAACAUUCGGAUCGAAGCAACCGAAGAUUGAAUCGAUUGCGUGUUUGUUUUGGGAAGUGACAGGGACUUUUUUUUUCUUUCGGACGGGAAAAGUGAUUUCUCAAAAACAGUGAUUGGGAUCUGCAGUUUUUGGGUUUGCAAGUUUUCUAGAUUGAGUUUUGGUUCGAUUUCAAGAUCGCGUUUUGCAGUGGACGAAUUUCGGUAUUCGUUUGCGAGGGUUUUGAUUUGAUGUGGUUCGAUUUCCGUAGAGCGGAGCAAAAUUGAGAAGAGUACCACAAGAAAGGUAACAAAAUCGAUCGGACGAGGGCAAAGGAGAACUGAAGAUAACAAACCAAGGCUCUCGUAUAGGAAGCCAUGGCAGAGCCAAGUGGGCCACUUCCUCAGGAACCUGCCGGGGGACCAGAGCCAGCUGAAGUGCCCCAAAACAACAACAACAACAAUGCCAAUAACAACAAUCGUGGCCAGGAUGGUCCUGUUCCUCCGGUUAUGAUGAACCAGAGAGCCAGGAAUAAUGCCCAGAAUCCACUGAUUAACGUCCGGGAUCGGCUGUUUCAUGCGCUUUUCUUCAAAACGGCCAUUGCCUACGCGCAGAUGGUUCCCAAACCUGUGCGACGUGCCAUCGAGUUAAUCAUGUUGCUGAAGGCACUGGCUGCCUUUUUUAUAUUGGUAUACAUCCAUGUUCAUUUUUCGCAGACGCAAACGACCUGCCUAGAGCACGUCAAAAACGAUUGGCCUCGUGAUGGAAUCCUUCGAGUGGAAAUCGUUCGUCACAGUGCAACAGUCCUCGCGGAUCUCAAAAGCAAAGAUAUAAACCUCGAAGAAGCGGAAGUAAAUAGUCUGCUGCGUAACAAUUUAAAAAACGGCAUGGUAAGCAUCGAUCCUUCAACAACGCUACCACAUGAGCAACAGGAACAAAACCAAAAUCCGGAACUAUCACUACAAAGUUAUGCCAAUAGUAGCCCGUGGUCGCCACAUCAGCAGCUGCAAUCACAGGCGAAGCCCCGUUUUGAUAAAGAAUCUAUGACUUCUUCGGUUGAUCGCGGAUAUUCCGCUGGAAUAGAUGGUGGAGGAUCAAAGGUGUCAAUUGAAAGCACUCAGUUUGUUGGUGAAGAGGCAAAGAUGGCCGUAAGUGAUGCUGAACAAACGAAUGAAAAGCAUCCUGAAGAAAAUUCAAUUACGUAUGCCAACGAGACGAUUCCGAAAGAUGUGAUCGACAAAGUAGUUGAAAAACCAAUUGAGGAAGAUUCAAAAACCGAAGCCACCUGGGCCGACGGACAGUACGUUGUAGAGUACUCUUUGGAGUACGGAUUUCUACGUCUCUCAGCAGCAACCAGACAGCGGCUCAAUAUUCCGGUUGCACUGGUAGUACUGGAUCCGGAAAAAGACAAAUGCUUCGGUGAUUCAUUCAGCCGAUUUAUUCUGAAGGAGUUUCUCGGCUAUGACGAUAUUCUGAUGGCGUCGGUGAAGGUCCUUGCUGAGCAAGAAGACAACAAAGGUUAUUUGAGGAAUGUAAUCACCGGAGAGCACUACAGGUUCGUUUCGAUGUGGUUGAUGUCUCGCAGCUCCUAUAUCGCACCGUUCUUCAUCAUGAUUCUGUUUACCAUUUCAAUUUCAAUGCUUUUGCGGUACUCGCAUCACCAAAUAUUCGUCUUCAUCGUUGACCUACUUCAGAUGUUGGAAUUCAAUAUUCCUGUUCGGUUCCCUGCAGCGCCUCUGUUAACUGUCAUCCUGGCACUAGUUGGAAUGGAGGCCAUCAUGUCGGAGUUCUUCAACGACACAUCGACCGCGUUCUACAUCAUCUUGGUGGUUUGGUUCGCUGAUCAAUACGACGCAGUGUGCUGUCACACGUCUGUCACAAAACGUCACUGGUUAAGAUUCUUCUAUUUGUACCAUUUUUCAUUCUACGCCUAUCACUACCGGUUCAACGGGCAGUACAGCAAUCUGUCCCUCUUCACAUCGUGGCUAUUCAUUCAGCAUUCGAUGAUCUACUUCUUCCAUCACUACGAGCUACCGGUGAUAAUACAACAAGCUCAGUUGCAGCAAAUUAUCCUGCAAACCCGAGACGGUCAAGUUCCGCCUCCGGCCGGUGGCAACAGACAGCCAUUCGCAGCACAGCAACAGCGUCAACAGGCGGGUCAACAAGUGCCAGCAGAUCAAAAUGGACAACAACGGCCACCGCAACAGCGAACCAACUAUUUCGACGGUCUCAUCAAUGCGGUUCGAUUUCAACGUCGUAACAAUGAUAACAACAACAAUAAUCGCAAUAUUCUGAUCAGCAUUCCCAGAUACUAUAAUUUGCUAUCAAUGAAUGGGAACAACAACAUCAACAACCGAACGUUGGCUUUUGCGAACGGAGUUCCUGCGGCUUUACGUAAUGUCGCGCAUAGUUUGGUUCAAAGCUUGCGGGCUAACGUGGCAGCCGGCAUGGAAUUGUUGGGCAACAUGAACCUGAACAAUAAUAACAAUUUGUUCGCCCAGCGUCUUCGGUUUGGGUUUGGGAACGUUCCGAACAUUCGGAACCAUCCGUUGCGGAUCAGAAUUGUUGGUCGAGCACCAACCAUCAUUCUCCCGGAUCCAGUGUCCAUGGGUACCGGGACUAACACCUCCAACACAAGCAACGCCACCUCGCGUGUAAUAAGCGGAGAGAACAUUGCCGCAUCGUCAGCUGUGGAUCCACGUUUAAACUAUCAGCGAAACUAUGAAGCAAACAACUUUAUUUUUCCGGAAGCAGUACUUACUCAACACCAGCAACAACAACAGCACCACCAAUCAGAUCAGCAUCAGGAGCUGGCAGCCAGCGGCUUAGGUCCAGUCAGCGACCCCGAUGAGGCUGACAAAAUUUACAACAUUCAGAGUGUUCCCCUUCAGGAGGGUGAUUCCAAUUCCGGCAGCAGCAAGGCGGAAGCCAACGUUGUCGAAGUUAAUAGCAGCCUAGCACCUAGUUCCUCCCAUCUAGAGGUUAGUCAAGAACAACCACAUGUAUCAGAAAACCUAAGUAUAGAGGAUUCAACAAGUAGGUCUCCUGCGAGAGCUGUGCUGAACACGAACAGUGAGGAAUCCUAAAAAAUGGGACAAAUUGUAAAUCCUGUUGUGAUGAUUCAUUGUAUCUAUUUAUCUGUGACUUUUUUUUUUAUUGUGAAUGACACACACUGAAAUGUAAGAGCGAUGCAACACAACUGUGUGGACGAUAGUAUGCUGCUAGUACGGCUGAAAAAUAAAAUAAAGCUCUGAAUUAAUUGAGUGAAAGUUUUUUCUCUCCCAUAUUGUAUAUAGAAGCGCUGGAGCGGCUGAUUUACGAUAAACAAUUAUGCCUGGUUUUGUUUGUGUUCAUCUGAAUAUUAGAAACAAUAAGAUACUUUGGAUGAGUACUGAAAAGAAAAAAAAAGUGAAAUAUCGACGACGAAAAUUGUGCAACAUUAAUGAGUUGUGUUUAUUAAACGAGCAGUAAUCGUUGA